CAUCUUCAUGUAAACGUCCCAGGCAUUUCGAGUCUUUCUUUCGGACAUUUUUUCUUCUCCGUUUCGCCAGAAUGUUGGCCACAGUCCCCACGCGCUGUUCCCACGGGCCUGUGGGCCUUUAUGAGCGUCCCUAGCCCCUAAAGAAACAGGUGCAGGGCUGGGCCGAGCCCUCGAAGCCAGCAGGAUGGGGAACAACACAUCAUCAUCUUUGGGGAAGUCAGCAACUGUUCCUGUGAAUCAGAUUCAAGAAACAAUUUCUGAUAAUUGUGUGGUGAUUUUCUCAAAAACAUCUUGUUCUUACUGUGCAAUGGCAAAAAAACUUUUCCAUGACAUAAAUGUUAAGUAUAAAGUGGUGGAAUUGGACAUGCUUGAAUAUGGAAGUCAAUUUCAAGAUGCUCUCUACAAAAUGACUGGUGAAAAAACUGUACCAAGAAUAUUUAUCAAUGGAACUUUUAUUGGAGGUGCAACUGACACUCAUAGGCUUCACAAAGAAGGGAAAUUGCUUCCACUAGUUCAUCAGUGUUAUUUAAAAAAAAGUAAGAGGAAAGAAUUUUAGUUAUGUAGGUGCUCAUAACCUUGCUACAAGUAAAAUGUCAGUGAUUUAAAGUGAUAAUGCCUGAUAAUGCCUUUUAAAUGUUUGAGGAUGUUUUAAAUAUGUAAAUUAUCUUCCUGAAAAAGUUGUAAAACUAAUAAUAAAUUGCUGUGGAAAUCUCUUCUUCCUACUUGCCAAUUCUUGACCAAAGGAGAUGAUAUUUAAAACUACAGGAGUGAAAUUGUAUCAAAAUAUAAGGAAAGAAUGUUUUAUUAAUAAUUCAUAUAUGAAUUUCACAGCCAAGAGCUAGAAGGUGAGCAUUUGGGAUUAUUUAUUGUGUGUAAUAUUCAGAAGAAGUUACUCCUUACUUUUUAUGGCUUUCAGUG